AAUCUAUCUUCUGGCUCCACCCUCUCUCCAGCCUUCUCAUAGUUGGGGCUGAUGGGAAACCUGAUGUGGUGAUACCAGCUUUUGAAACCUUCUGGGGAUUUCUUGGGUGCAGGGUGGACAAAAGGGAGUACCGGGAGCAGAGUUCUGGCUACUGCUGUUUCUGGCCUCGGGUCACAGAGGCAGUUGAAGUGAAAGCGAAAGAGAAACCAGUAAGAACAGAGAACACAGGUACUAAGUGAGGCUGCUCAAAGAACCCCCUCUUCAGCCAGAGAUCUCUAGCAGGGGAACUGUGGAGAAGGCAGCCAGCGAGGAAUCGCCCGAGAGCAGCCUCCAUGGGCUGGGAGCCCAGCUGGUGUCUGCUGCUCUGUUUGGCUGUCUCUGGGGCGGCAGGGACUGACCCCCCGACAGAAGAAAGACGGUGGCAGGCCGUGGACAUCGUCUUAGACUGCUUCUUGGUGACAGAAGACAAGCAUCGCGGGGCUUUUGGCAGCAGUGAGGACAGGGAGAAGGCCCUGCUUGUACUGAAGCAGGUGCCGGUGCUGGAUGAUGGUUCCCUGGAGGGCUUCACAGAUUUCCAAGGGAGCGCAGAGGCCAGACAAGAUUCACCGAUUAUCUUUGAGGCGUCCGUGGACUUGGUACAGAUUCCCCAGGCAGAGGCUUUGCUCCACGCUGACUGCAGCGGGAAGGCGGUGACCUGUGAGAUCGCCCAGUAUUUCCUCCAGGCCAGACAAGAGGCCACUUUUGAGAAAGCAGAUUGGUUCAUCAGCAACAUGCAGGUUUCUAGAGGGGGGCCCAGUGUCUCCAUAGUGAUGAAGACUCUAAGAGAUGAUGAAGCUGGAGCUGUCCGGCACCCUUCGCUGAACAUACCCCUGAGCCCCCAGGGCACAGUGAAGACUAAAGUGGAGUUCCAGGUGACAGCAGAGACCCAAACCCUGAAUCAGCUGCUGGGGUCCUCUGUGUCCCUGCCCUGCAGGUUCUCCAUGGCACCAGGCCUGGACCUCACCGGCGUGGAAUGGAGGCUACAGCAUAAAGGCAGUGGCCAGCUGGUGUACAGCUGGAAGACAGGGCAGGGGCAGGCUAAGCGCAAGGGCGCUACGCUGAAGCCUGAGAAGCUCCUCAGGGCGGGAGAUGCCUCUCUCACCUUACCCAACCUCACUCUGAAGGAUGAGGGGAACUAUAUCUGCCAGAUCUCUACCUCUCUGUACCAAGCCCAGCAGAUCGUGCCGCUUAACAUCCUAGCUUCCCCCAAAGUACAGCUGAUCUUGGCAAACAAGGAUCCACUGCCCUCCCUCAUCUGCAGCAUUGCUGGCUACUACCCUCUGGAUGUGGUGGUGACGUGGAUUCGAGAAGAGCUGGGUGGAAUUCCAGCCCAAGUCUCUGGUGCCUCCUUCUCCAGCCUCAGACAGAACAUGAUGGGAACCUACAGCAUUUCUUCCACGGUGACAGCCGAGCCAGGCCCCACAGGUGCCACUUACACCUGCCAAGUUGCCCACGUCUCCCUGGAGGAGCCCCUGACAGUCAGCAUGAGGGUUUUGCCAAACACAGAGCAAAGAGGAGCCUUGGGAGUCAUCGUUGCCAGCAUCCUCUUCCUUUUUGCGCUCUUGCUCCUGGGACUUCAUAGACAGCAAGCUUCAUCAUCAAAGUCCACCAAGUCUGUGAGGCACUCUGAGUAGCCGCUUUCCUGCCUCCGAGUACAAAGAAAAGCUCUCGUGUUCUAGCUACCUAAGAACCCUGUGUUGAGGUGUGGGACUGAGACGGGCCUGAAGGAGGCAGCACAUUGGGAGUGAGGUACUGACCCUGGUCUGUACUAGUCUCUGCCUUCCUGUAUUAUAGAGAAGAGAACCCUGGGCUGAUGAAAGGAACGGGACAAGAGAUGUUUAGAAAUG